AUGGAGGACGAGGAGCUGGAAGAGGAAGAGGAGGAGGAGGAGGUGGGGGAGGAAGAAGAGGAUGAGGAGAAGGAGGCGGCGGAGGAGGAAGAGGCGGCAGAGGAGGAGGAGCAGGCGCCGGCUCCGUGUCCCCUGACAGAGGAGGUCCUGAAGGAGGGUCUCUCUCUCCUCUGUAAGACCGGCAACGGCCUGGCCCACGCCUAUGUCAAAUUUGAAGCCAAAUCCAAGGACUUGACAGACAUCAGCCUCCUCGAAAGCUUCAUUCACCUGCGGUACGUGGAUUUGUCGGAGAACAAGCUCCAGGAUUUGGCCCCACUGAGCAGCCUAACCCACCUGCUCUGGCUGAAGGUGGAUGGGAACCUGCUGAGCAGUGCCUGCAUGCAGGAGCUGCCUUACCUCCAGGUCAUCAGCUUUGCUCGCAAUCACAUCAAGGACAUGGAGGGCAUUACUCACCCCCGCUUAGCCAACCUCAGCAUGAAAGAAAAUAAAAUCCAGUCAGCGCUGAGCCUGAGUCAUGCCCAAUUGUUCAGCCUACAAAUCCUGGAGCUGCGAGGAAACAAGCUAAAGAGCACAGAAGGACUCAGUCUUCCCAAGCUCAAGACCCUCUAUCUGGCCCAGAACACCAUUUCGAGCCUUGAAGGCCUUGAGGGGCUGGAGCAGCUGACAACUCUGCACCUGCGUGACAACCAGCUCGAGACCCUGGAUGGAUUCUCUAGUAGUAUGAAGUGCCUGCAGUACCUCAACCUACGGAACAAUAGGAUCAGUAGCAUUCAGGAGGUGGCAAAACUGCAGUUCCUGCCCAUGCUGCAGACACUGGUGCUGUUGGACAAUCCAUGCUCUGAGGAGACUUCUUACCGGCUGGAGGUCCUGGCCCUGCUGCCACACCUGCAGCGCCUGGACAAGGAUGUAGUUCAGCAAGAGGAGCGAGCAGAGGCAAAAGAAAUCCGUCAGAUAAGACAGGAAGAAAAGGAAAUGGAGAGAUCAGAGCAGGGUGAUGCGGCUGAGUGACCCUGGUUUUAACACCUGUACCCACAGCCAGUCUAGGUUUGGAGAUGCCUUUCCCCACACGUGCAGUCAUAGGACCAGACCCACCCUCACCUCAGCUUGCCCCUGGAGAAAUAAACAGGAGGGCUGCUCACACUGGUCCUGGCAGCUGCCCUGAGGUACUGCAGUGGGCUUUUGCAGACACUGCAUUCAUGUGCCUUCUCCUCAGUAGGCCUGAGAGGGAAAAGGGAAAAGUUACAGGUUCUGUGGUUCAACUUAUG